AUGGCGGCGGCGGCUCCUGUAGGACAAAGGCGCAGGAGAGACCUGGAGGAAGAGGAGGAAGACAGCAGUCCUGGAGUGUCCUUCUCACUCUCUUCAGAAGAGUCGGAGAUGGAGCCUGAGGAAGAAAGGAUCCGUUACAGCCAAAGACUGCGUGGCACGAUGAGGCGGCGUUAUGAGGAUGAUGGCAUCUCCGAUGAUGAAAUUGAAGGGAAGAGGACAUUUGACCUCGAGGAAAAGCUGUCCACCAACAAGUUUAACUCCACCUUCGUGGUCUUCAUGGAAGGCAAAGAUUUCACAGUUGAAUACAUCCAGCGGGGCGGCCUGAGAGACCCUCUCAUCUUCAGGAGCUCUGACGGCCUGGGGAUAAAGAUGCCAGAUCCGGACUUCAGCGUGAAUGAUGUGCGGCUGUGUGUCGGGAGCCGACGGAUGGUGGAUGUCAUGGAUGUGAACACGCAGAGGGAUAUUGAGAUGUCCAUGGCACAGUGGGCACGCUACUACGAAACACCGGAGGCCGAGCGGGAGAAACUUUACAAUGUCAUCAGCCUGGAGUUCAGCCACACCAAACUGGAGAACCUGGUGCAGAGACCUGCUACGGUGGAUUUGAUUGACUGGGUUGACAACAUGUGGCCCAGACACCUGAAGGAGAGUCAGACAGAGUCUACGAAUGCUAUCCUGGAGAUGCAGUAUCCAAAGGUGCAGAAAUACUGUCUGAUGAGUGUCAAGGGCUGCUACACAGAUUUCCACGUGGACUUCGGUGGCACUUCUGUGUGGUACCACAUCCACCGAGGGGGAAAGAUCUUCUGGCUGAUCCCUCCUACACCCCAGAACCUGGAGCUCUAUGAGAACUGGCUUCUCUCAGGGAAGCAGGGAGACAUUUUUCUUGGGGACAGAGUGUCAGAGUGCCAGCGCAUCGAGCUCAAGCAGGGCUACACAUUUGUCAUCCCCUCAGGUUGGAUCCAUGCUGUGUACACUCCCAUGGACACGCUGGUUUUCGGAGGCAACUUCUUACACAGCUUCAACAUCCCUAUGCAGCUCCGGAUCUACAGCAUCGAAGACCGCACGCGGGUCCCAAAUAAGUUUCGUUACCCCUUCUAUUACGAGAUGUGUUGGUACGUGCUGGAGCGCUAUGUCUACUGCAUCACCAGCCGCUCACAUCUGACCAAGGACUUCCAGAAGGAAUCCCUCAGUAUGGAUAUGGAGCUGAGCUCCUCGGACUCGGUAAACAUGGAAGAGGAGGAGGAGGAGGAAGAAGAGGAGGAUGCAGCAGGGAAGGAACCCAGGCGACCGGUCACAAGGCGGUCCAUUCUCACCAGCCCCAUAGCCAAUGGUGCCAAUGUGGACUAUGAUGAACUGGGCAGGAGCUGCCGGAGCAGCCUGCCGGGUCUGAAGAAGACCCCAUCUAUAGACUCUUCUGACUCUAGCCGGGGCUCCCAAAACGGCCAGGCCUGGGACCCGAACGGUGGCAGCCCCCGCAAGAGCAGGAAGGUGCACCUGACGCAGUUUGAGCUGGAGGGGCUGCGCUGCCUCGUGGACAAACUGGAGUCGCUCCCUCUGCACAAGAAGUGCGUUCCCACCGGCAUUGAGGAUGAGGACGCCCUCAUCGCUGAUGUCAAGCUGCUGCUAGAAGAAUACGCAAACAGCGACCCCAAACUGGCACUUACAGGCAUCCCCAUCGUCCAGUGGCCCAAGAGAGAUAAGCUAAAGCUCCAGGCCCGGCUGAGGGUGCGCCUGCCCACCAUCCCCAUCACCAAGCCGCACACCAUGAAGCCAACCCCCCGCCCGACACCCGUCAGGCCUACCGUCUCUCCCAUCGUGUCAGGCGCCAGGCGGAGGCGGGUGCGGUGCCGAAAAUGCAAGGCUUGCAUGCAGGGCGAGUGUGGCAUGUGCCACUAUUGCAGGGACAUGAAGAAGUUUGGCGGGCCUGGCCGCAUGAAGCAGUCCUGCGUCCUCCGGCAGUGCUUAGCGCCCAGGCUGCCUCACUCGGUCACGUGUGCACUUUGCGGGGAGGUGGAUCAGAACGAGGACUCGCAGGACUUUGAGAAGAAGCUCAUGGAGUGCUGUAUCUGCAACGAGAUUGUUCACCCUGGAUGCCUGCAGAUGGAUGGGGAAGGGCUGCUCAACGAUGAGCUCCCUAACUGCUGGGAGUGCCCCAAAUGCUACCAGGGUGACGACGCAGAGAAGGGCCAGGGAGCCCGUCAGCAGGCCAAGGCCAGGCUCCCGCAGAAGCGGCAGGGGCAGCCGGGUUCCUCUGCCAGGCAGCAAGCGGACUGCGUGCGGCAGCAGCUGGCCCGCUGGCAGCUGCCAGCGCUGCCCAGGACACGGGGCUACGGCUGCCGCGUCGCCUGUAGGACCAUGCCCGCUGCUGUGGAUGGAAGUGCGGCAGUUAAGGCAAGCCAGAAGCGGAAGGUGGAGGAGAGCGAUGACGACACGGCACAAGCCAAGGUGCUGCGGCCCCUGCGGAGUUGCGAGGAGCCCCUCACCCCCCCACCCAACUCGCCCACCCCCAUGCUGCAGCUGAUCCACGACCCGGCGUCGCCGCGAGGCGUGGUGACGCGCUCGUCCCCGGGAGCCGGCCCCAGCGACCACCACAGCGCCAGCAGAGACGAGCGCUUCAAGCGACGGCAGCUGCUGCGGCUCCAGGCCACCGAGCGAACCAUGGUGCGGGAGAAGGAGAACAACCCCAGCGGCAAGAAGGAGCUGUCGGAGGUGGAGAAGGCCAAGCUGCACGGCUCCUACCUCACCGUGACGCUCCAGCGCCCCACCAAAGACGUCCACGGCACUUCUAUCGUCCCCAAGCUGCAAGCCAUCACGGCCUCCUCCACCAACCUGCAGCACUCUCCCCGCGUGGUCAUGCGCCACGCGCCCGCCAGGAUGCCCCUGCGGGGCGGGGGGGAGGAGGAGGCAGCCGCCGAGGAGGAUGAGGAGGAAGAGGAAGAGGAGGACGAGAACGCGGAGGAGGGGGGGGCAGCCCGGCUCAACGGCCGAGGGGGCCGGGCACAGGAGGGCGAGGAGAGCUGGAUGCAGCGCGAGGUGUGGAUGUCCGUCUUCCGCUACCUCACUCGCAGGGAGCUCUGCGAGUGUAUGCGGGUGUGCAAGACCUGGUACAAGUGGUGCUGUGACAAGAGAUUGUGGACAAAGAUAGAUUUGAGUAGGUGCAAGUCCAUCACCCCCCAGGCGCUGAGCGGCAUCAUCAAAAGACAGCCGGUCAGCCUCGACCUCAGCUGGACCAAUAUCUCCAAAAAACAGCUUACGUGGCUCGUCAACAGGCUGCCAGGCCUGAAAGACCUCAUCUUAGCAGGCUGUUCCUGGUCUGCGGUCUGUGCUCUCAGUACCUCCAGCUGCCCCCUUCUCAGGACCCUCGAUCUUCGGUGGGCAGUAGGAAUCAAGGACCCUCAGAUCCGGGACUUACUCACGCCUCCAACAGACAAACCCAGUCAGGACAAUCGCAGCAAACUCCGCAACAUGAUCGAUUUCCGGCUCGCCGGCCUGGACAUCACCGACGCCACGCUGCGGCUGAUCAUCCGCCAUAUGCCCCUGCUCUCCCGUCUCGACCUCAGCCACUGCAACCACCUUACGGACCAGUCGGCCAACCUCCUCACGGCCGUGGGCUCUUCCACACGCAACUCCCUCACCGAGCUCAACAUGGCAGGCUGCAAUAAGCUGACGGACCAGGCCUUGCUGUACCUGCGCCGCAUCUCCAACGUCACUCUAAUUGACCUGCGAGGUUGCAAACAGAUCACCCGCAAAGCCUGUGAGCACUUCAUCUCGGACCUGUCCAUCAACAGCCUCUACUGCCUGUCCGAUGAGAAGCUGAUCCAAAAAAUCAGCUAGAGACCCUCCCCGGGGCAGACUGAGGAGAAGGAAAAGAGCCCAUCCCACCCCUCUCGGAGAGCCGCUCCUCCACAUCCCCACCUUGCCCUCCGUGUCCUGCCGCUGCCUCCCACCUGACUCGGCAGGCAGGGCCGCUGCUGGCCUCGCUCCACCGUCCUUCCUCCUCUUCCCCCGGGACUUCUGCCGAUGAAGAUGUCCCGCCAGGCUGGCCAGUACCAGAGGAGGAACGGGCAAAUGGCAGGGAGCCUCAGCCCGGAGGCUGGCCGCUCCCAAGGCGGAGGUUGUAAUAGAGAUCUCUGUGCAGAGAAAUGGGGCACCCUCUUCCCCCCAGCUUUUCCCCUCCUCCCCGUCGUCUCCUUGCCUUGAAACACUUGUCACUUCCCCGUUAGCACAAAGCUUGAGGGUCAAGGUCUCUCCAAGGAAGCGGGAGCAGAGCUGGAACAAAAUGUACCCCUCCGUGCUACCACCAGCUCGUCGCUUGCCCUGCGCUCUCAGCCCCCUUACGCUUUCCCUCAUCCGGCUGCAGGGGCUGUGAUCGAACCCCCUCCUCCCCACCGCGCUCAUGCAUCCGGGCGGCUCUUUCAGUGUCGAGGGCAGGAGCCUCGCAGCCAGGGUGUCACGGGUUCUCCGGCCGCAGGGCUGGCGCAUGCUGGCCAGGAGCAGGGGCUUUGCAGCCCGCUCUCCCCCUGCCCGGGGAGGUGAGGCUGGGGGACGACGCGCUUCCACUCCGGGAACUUCCCGGAGCACCGUCUGUCCCGACGCAGCCCCGCACAGAGGUGAUGGCCGGGGCCGGGCGCCGGCUGGGAGCAGGGGAGAAACCACAGGUACAUCAGAGCUCAGGGAGGACUCGGAAAGCAUCAGCCAGGGGUGAGUGAGCGUGCGGGGGGACAGGAGCUGCCUCCUCUUCCUCCCCAGCUCCCUGCGCGUGGCCCAGCAUCAUGAAGCACUCUAGGGCCGCCGCGGCCGGAGGGGUGAAGGCUGCUCGCUCUGCCCAGGGUGCUGUGGCCUGGGACCGAAGUGGCACGAACGCCCCACCGCAUUGUCCUCUCCUUCCCCCACCCCCUUUUAGCUGCCGUUUUUCCUUUGCAAUGAAUGGUCGGUCCAAAGAACCUCUCUCUAGGGCAGCAGAGAGCUUUUUGCACUUUAAAAAAA